CGACUUUGGAGCGAAGGCUGCAUCCAACAAGAAACGAACUUCAGUUCUGUUCUGUUCUGUUCUUCUUCUGAAUCUCUCUCUCAGAGGUUCCCUUGUUUGAUUCGAAAUAGAGCCAAUGGUUGGUUUACAGAGUCACAGAGCAGAAAUGCUGAGCAUAGCCGCGGCUGUCGUCGCCAUUGGUGUUGGUACCGCCUACUAUUUCUACGUCACCAGAAAACCAAAAGGUUGCUUGGAUCCUGAGAAAUUCAAGGAAUUUAAACUUGUAAAGCGCACUCAGCUCAGCCAUAAUGUGGCUAAAUUUAAGUUUGCUCUUCCAACAGCUACAUCAGUGUUGGGUCUGCCUAUUGGACAGCAUAUAAGUUGCAGAGGAAAAGAUAGUCAAAAUGAAGAAGUUGUCAAAGCAUAUACCCCGACCACUUUGGAUACUGAUAUUGGAUACUUUGAAUUAGUCAUAAAGAUGUAUCCCCAAGGAAGGAUGUCUCAUCAUUUUCGAGUCAUGAGUGAAGGUGAUUACCUGGCUGUAAAAGGACCUAAGGGUCGAUUCAAGUAUCAGCCUAACCAAGUUAAAGCUUUUGGGAUGCUAGCCGGAGGUACUGGCAUCACUCCAAUGUUCCAGGUUGCUAGAGCCAUAAUGGAAAAUCCUAGUGACAGAACAAACAUACAUCUCAUAUAUGCCAAUGUCACAUAUGAGGACAUUCUAUUGAAAGAAGAGCUGGAUAAUCUAGCGAGUAACUUUCCCAAUCGUUUCAACAUUUAUUAUGUUCUUAAUCAGGCCCCUGAAGGCUGGAAAGGUGGUGUUGGGUUCAUAUCAAAAGAAAUUAUUCAGACUCACUGCCCUGCACCAGCACCGGAUAUUAAGAUAUUAAGAUGCGGACCACCACCUAUGAACAAGGCUAUGGCUGCUAACCUUGACAGUCUUGGAUACAGUUCGGAAAUGCAGUUCCAGUUUUAAGGCUGAUUCAUCAACUUUGGUUAUUAAAUUGUGCACAACACAACAAGCACCUGAUUUGUUUGCUACAUAGGAUCUUAAAUUUGUGAGAGAGGAGUAAUAAAGAUGAAGUCACUGGAAAUGGGCAACAUGAUUCUUCUGUUUUCUUAAUGGUUUUAUUUCCAGAGUUGCUUUA